AUGAAGCCAUUGGCAUCUUUCCGUCGAGCCAACUCGGUCCUGUCCCUGGCCUUAGCGGUCUCUGUCCUGUGGCUUCUUUGUUUUGGAAUCCCAGUUCGCAAAGAGGCACAAGUAGUGGCGAGCCGGACCCGGCGGAAUGGGGUCGAGUCCUCAGCAAGCAUCACACACAGCACAUAUCCGAUCGCCCGUGGAGACGAGCCAGACAUCUUGCGAUCGACUCCAGAUAGCCCUCAAACCAAGUCCCAAGUCCUCAACGACGAGUCGCGGGCCCAACAUGGGUUAUCGGAGACUCUGCCACCAUUAUUGCCUGGACGGACAAACCCGGCAGCUCUGGUGAGAACCCUGAAGAACCAGCCACCACCUUCCAGCCCUCACCCGUUCCGAGUCCCACGGUCCAACUCGAGCAUUCCCCCGUACCUGCACCAAAUCUACUUCUCGGAUCUCCCCGCGGACUCUCCAGCCUGGCGAGCCAUCUCGACCUGGACGGAACUCAAUCCAGAUGCGAUCCAUCACAUCUGGAGAGAGCUCGAAUGCGAUUCGUUCGUCCGCGACAACUUCCCGGCAAUCUACCCAUCGUACCGCCGCCUCUCGAGGUGGAUCACUCGAGUCGAUUUCGUGCGCUAUCUCAUUGUCUUCCACUUUGGCGGGACUUAUGCCGAUGUGGACACCGAGUGUCUGCGUCCGAUCGACGACUGGACUGAUGAAUACCCGGGGAUCACGGCAAUCAUUGGCAUCGAGAUGGAUAACUCGAACAAGCAAAACUGGAGAAGCUACGGCGCUCGACCCAUCCAGCUCUGCCAGUGGACCUUCUCGAGUACCCCACAGAACCCGAUUCUCGGACACUUGAUCGACCGGAUCGAUGCCAAGAUCCGGUCGAUGAGUGAUAGCGAGCUCCACGACAUCGACAACGUGAUGGAGAUUGCUGGGCCAGGGAUCUUCACAGACUCGGUCGUGCUCGAGCUUCAGGGACUGCGAGUCGACUCGGCGUCGCUGAAGGGGCUCGAGGAGCCUCGGGUCCUUGGCUCGACAUUACUGCUCCCGACAACGGGGUUUCAUCCAACCGCUGGACUGGGAAAGUUUCAUCCAAUGGCUCGAGUCAACCAUCUGUUCUUUGGGAGCUGGAAAGAGAACAAGCCGCAGCCGCAGCCGUAGACGUAGCUGUAUGGCAUACCGGCC